UGCUUUUUACUUUCGGACAAGCUCUCCGCUCUUUCACCCAGCCAAUUUCCUCGGUUCCUUUCCGUCGUACCAUGUCUUCAGUUCUUGCUACCUGUUCUCCAUUCAAGUUAGCUCUUGUUCAGCUAGGAAAUGUUACGCAUGACAUGCAUGCCAAUCUUGAACAUGCUCGCACAAUGAUUCUUGUUGCAGCAAGUCGCGGUGCUGAUGUCGUUGUCUUGCCAGAGUGUUUCAACUCUCCGUAUGGAACUUCAUACUUCCCUCAAUACGCCGAGCCUUUGUCUACAAGUGCUUCGGUUAAAAUGCUUUCUGAAACAGCAAAAGAAGCUAACGUUUAUAUCAUUGGUGGUUCUAUUCCAGAACUUGCUGAAGACGGUAGUGGUGCAAUCUACAACACCCUGACAGCUUACAACCCAGGAGGUUCUAUUAUUGGUACCCACCGUAAGGUUCAUUUGUUUGAUAUUGAUGUUCCCGGGAAGAUUUGCUUCAAGGAAAGCGAAACCCUGACUGGGGGCAGCUGGUUGACUCACAUUGAUACUCGUUAUGGAAAGAUUGGCGUGGGUAUUUGCUACGACAUGCGAUUCCCAGAAAUGGCCAUGAUUGCCGCACGCAAGGGUUGUAUGGCUAUGAUCUAUCCAGGUGCCUUUAAUACUACCACUGGUCCUAUGCACUGGGAACUUCUUCAGCGUGCUAGAGCUGUCGACAAUCAAAUCUUUGUUGCCGCUUGUUCUCCUGCUAGAGACCCUGAUGCUUCAUACCAGGCCUGGGGUCAUUCCACCAUUGUUGGUCCUAGUGGAAAUGUUUUGCAAACAUGUGAGGAAAAUGAAACAAUCAUUUACGCUCACAUUGAUCCAGAAGAGAUCAAAACCAUUCGUACCAAUAUUCCUUUGUACGAGCAGCGUCGUUUUGACAUCUACGGUGAUGUCUCAAAAACAGUCGAUAUCAAGGAAGGCAAAGGAUUCAAAAGGGAAUAAAUUCCAAAUAUAUCAAUAACUGUAUCAUCUUAUUAUCAUUUUUAAAAUACAGUUCCUAGCGCUUCAAACCAGCUAACAAUACUAGAAUCAGCUUGUACACAACGCUUAAAUUCUUCAAAGCUAAUAUAUCCAUCCCUGACGGUAUCAAUACUCUUAAAUGUCUUUUCUACCAUUUCGUUGAUCGCAUCUUGGGACAUGGUCUCCAUAAUCGGGAACUUUUCUUCCCACGCCUUCUUUUUCCCUUGAUCAGCCAUCUUUUCCUUUUCCCAUGAUCGUUUACCACCUUUAUCACCGUUAUCACUAUUAUCACUACCAAUAAGACCACCUUUGUCUUUGGGUAGACUGGCGGCUGGAUCCGAUGCGUUUCGGGCCUGUUCAUCGAAAUAAUUCUCUUUUGCUGGGUAACGUCUUCUUUGUCUAGAGCUCGAUGUUGUUCCGAUGGUUCCUGUGGUUCCUGUGGUUCCUGCAGUGAUAGCAGUAUCUGUACUUGUUACUGCUGUUGAAUUUGUAUUUGCAUUUGCAUUUGCAUUUGCAUUUGCAUUUAUAUUUCUAUUUGAAUUCUCUUCUUCAUUUUCUUCGUCGUCUUCACUGCUGUCUUCUGAUGCAGGAGAAGGAAUUGCGACGUUAAAGGCAGAACUGACAGGUUGGGAAGCCGAG